AUGUCUGAGCGUAAAGUACUUCCCGCCGGAUUUCGAUCCGGCUCUAUUCCCCGCAGGAAGCAGCCCAAGAACUCACAGCAGGUGGUUCGUUUGAUGGCUCCUUUCUCUAUGGAAGAAGUUCAAUGCUCGAAAGGAGACGGUCGAGGAGAGGACUACUAUGGCAUCAAGAUCUUCCGCUUCUACAUCAAUGUGUCUCAUCACCGUUGCAGCACAUUAUGCUCCGCCGAGAUCACGUUCAAGACCGACCCCAAGAACACCGACUACACAGCCGAGCACGGUGCGUCGCGGAACUUCGAACCAUGGAGAGAAGAGAAAGCGGUAGAGGAGGAGGACCGAAGAAAACAACCCAUGAAGGCGCUCGAGAACCGGACGGUGGACUCGAAGCGCGAGAUGGACAUCCUCGAUGCUCUGCAAGACAUCCGUGCGCGGAAUGCCCGCAACGAGCGCAUAGGGCAGUCGGUGGACCUGAUCGAGACGGAGGAGGACAGGCGGCGGAAGUUGGAGGAGGAUGAAGACGAGAAGCUGGUGCGGGAGGUGUUCCAGAAGAUCCCUGCGACGGGUUCGUCUUCAUCCAGCGGGUCGUCAGGACACACAUCGCAGUCUCCAGAGGAGCCAGCCGCGCCGGUAGUCACUCUGAAGCGCAAGGCCGAGGGCGCAGAGCCGGACCUUCACAGCCUAUUGCCCGAGGAGACGCGUGCGCUCAUCUCGUCGAAAGUCUUCACCGCCGCACCACCUGUCAAGAAAAAGAAGACAGACAUGAAGAACUCGUUGGGUAUCAAGAUCAACAAGGGCAAGGGCGUUGCGAAACCCAAGCCUGUUACCGCAUAG